AUGCCCACAGCAAAAAAAGCAGGCUUGGAUGACAAAAUGACAGAUACUGGCAAUUUGGAUGGGAUAUUACCAGAAUGGGAGAAAAAGGAUAUAAAAAUACCUGCCUGUUUUAACAAGAUGCCCCAAGAGACCGGGAAGACUUUCCCUCAUUCCAAACAAGUUGGGAAUUACCUAGUAGGCAAAAUGAUCAACAAGGGUUCCUUUGCCAAAGUGAUGGAGGGACUGCACAUCCCCACAGGGGAGAAGGUAGCCAUAAAAGUCAUUGACAAGAGGAAAGCCAAGCAGGAUUCCUAUGUUUUAAAAAACAUGAAGCGUGAGCCGCGGGUACACCAGAUGAUUAAGCACCCCAAUGUUGUUCAGCUAUAUGAGACCUUGGAGACUGACAACUCCUAUUACAUGGUGAUGGAACUGUGCCUUGGUGGCGACCUCCUGGACAGAAUUUGUGACAAAAAGAGGCUGGCAGAAUGGGAAGUAAGGAGAUACAUCUGGCAAAUUCUAUCUGCAGUAGAGCACCUGCAUUGCCAGGGAAUUGUUCACAGGGACCUAAAAAUUGAAAAUUUUCUUCUUGAUGAGAACAACAACAUCAAAAUCAUUGAUUUUGGACUGAGCAAUACUGCAAAGUUCAGUGGUCUCUCCCAGGAGCUGUUACAUACCCAGUGUGGAAGCCCAGCUUAUGCUGCUCCAGAACUCCUUGCUCAUAGGAAAUACGGUCCAAAAGUAGAUGUCUGGUCCAUAGGCGUAAGCAUGUUUGCUAUGCUAACCGGCACAUUACCCUUCACUGUGGAACCUUUUAAUAUCAAGCAACUACAUCAAAAGAUAUUAACUGGAGAAAUCAGCCCUAUUCCGUCAGAUAUCUCCCCUGGAGCUGUACACUUCAUGCAGUCCUUACUUGAGCCUGACCCUGCUAAGAGGCCUGAAGUCAAAGAAGCAAUAAAAGACAAAUGGUUGAAUGAGGGUUUCAUCAGGAAAAUACUAAACACUGCUCCCUAUGAGAACAGACUUUGCCCCAGUGACCUGAACUCUGUUGUUUUAAACUACAUGACGGAAUUUAUGGAAUUCAGUCCUUCAGAAGUUAUCAACAUUUUAAUAAAUAACAGACCCUCUUCUGCCAUGGCUUCUUAUUGCUUAUUGCUGAAGAAACUGCUCAGGUACCAGAAAGACCUCAAAAAUGCUCAGGUAAGAUAUAAUGGUCAUGAGAGGCAUAAAGUGUUCCUUGAUUUUUAUGAGGAACAAUACAGUAGCCACAUAGCACAUGUAGAAAAGGUACUUGUCCAUGGAAUGGGGGAAAAGUCAUCAAAAAUAGUUGUGAAAUUGCAGAUUUGA